AACUGCAAAUACAGACAGAAAAUAACCCUAAAAUUUUCGCCAAUUUCAUAACCAGUGUUGGGCAAGUUAUUUUCGAACUUGUAUGUAACUCAACACCCAAACAUGGCCUGCAGAAUAUUAUUAAAGAACCCCCUAAGAUUGGGCCAAAAUGUAUUGCGGGCUCAACAUACGAUGUCCGCAUUUGAAAUCCAACACAAAACCCCCUUGAUCAAAAAAUCCGAGCCAAUCCCAGUUGCUUUGUAUGGUGGCCGAAAUGCUGUGACAAUGUUACCAGGCGGUGGUAUCGGCCCCGAACUGAUGGGCUACGUGAAAGAGGUGUUCAAAUACGCCGGAGCGCCCGUCGACUUCGAAGUCAUCGACAUCGACGACAGCGAAAACGAUUUGGACUAUGCCAUCACAUCGAUUAAGAGGAAUGGUGUAGCCAUCAAAGGUAACAUCGAAACCAAAAGUGAGAGUGCCGCUGUUAUUUCCAGGAAUGUGGCAAUCAGGAACGAGCUCGAUUUGUAUGUUAAUGUUUUGCACUGCAAGUCAUAUCCAGGUGUUACUGCCAGACAAAAUGAUAUUGAUGUUGUCGUUAUUAGACAGAACACUGAGGGUGAAUAUGCCAUGUUGGAGCAUGAGAGCGUAGACGGUGUUGUUGAGAGCAUGAAAGUAGUGACAGAAUCAAACUCCGAUAGAGUAGCACGUUACGCGUUCGAAUACGCCAAAAGGCAUGGAAGAAAGAAGGUUACAACCAUCCACAAAGCCAACAUCAUGAAACUCUCGGACGGCCUCUUCUUGGAAACGUCCAGAAAAAUCGCCAAGGAAUACCCAGAAAUCCAACACAACGACAUGAUCAUCGACAAUUGUUGCAUGCAACUGGUAUCCAAUCCCCACCAGUUUGAUGUAAUGAUCAUGACCAAUUUGUAUGGCAGCAUUGUUUCUAACGUUGUCUGCGGUCUGAUUGGAGGAGCUGGUCUUCUGUCUGGCAAAAAUUACGGUGACCACUAUGCCAUCUUCGAACCCGGUACUAGGAACACAGGCACAGCCAUCGCCGGAAAGAACAUCGCCAACCCGGUGGCAAUGUUGAACGCCUCCGUAGACAUGCUAUUGCAUUUGGGCCAUGUAGCUCACGCUGACUUGAUCCAAAGGGCUAUUCUGAAGACCAUCUCUCAAGACCACAUUCACACCCCAGACUUGGGUGGUUCAGCCAAGAGCACCGACGUCGUUCAUAAAAUUAUUGAUCACAUUAUGCAAGACGAUAUAAGGCCAUGAGCACCAGUUCUUCUCUAUUAAUGUACAAUUUUAUGGACAUAAAUCAACAAUAAAGUAUUUGUAAAUCCUGUAAUAUAUUAAGACUUCAAAUGUGAGACAAUUAUUUAAAUAAAAAAAUGUUUCUUGUUUUAUAAA